UUCAGAAAUGGCUCAGAUUGUGAUUGUGCUGCUUGCACUAUCAGUGCUUGGUUUUAUACCAUCUCGCGCUGGAGAGUGUGAGUGGGACAUGAGGCUGUGUAAAACCGAACCUGUUUCCACUGGAACGUGCAGCCUCGGGACUGGUGGCAUGGAUGUGCGAGAUCUGGACCCUAUGGAAAUGCAAAAAAAUAUGGGAUUUCCAUAUUACCUGAAGCUAGACCUGCUGUGUGGCUUUAAGGUAGUAAAUUCCCCUCCUAUUUAGAGGUCUGAUAUAUCGACUUUUUGAAAAAGAUAGCACUUGUAGAUCUUUUUGGAACUGUUAGGUAUCUGUAAAAGUUAGGCAAAAGUUAGAAGCACACAUCAAGCAAGAAAAAUAAGUUAAAAUAUUUUUAAAAAUAAAAAUUUAAAAUAUUCAGUUAUCCAAACUUGAUGUGCAGUAGUGUAUAUUAGUAUUUUUAUAUUUAUUGGGUGUCUCAGGAGUUUUCAGGCAGAGCCAUGCUGGAGGACUCAAUGACCGGGUUGACUCCAAAAGCGGUUGUUAUGUUCCAAGAGCCCACACACCCCACUCACUUCAAACCGCAGAGACUUGAGGUGGAGCUGUCUGUUGCUUCACUAUCGGACAGUGCUACCUGUGGAAGUGAGAUGUGCGAGUUUAGCUGGUACGCCCCAAUGCCCAUCAUCAAUGGGUCAGUGGUGCAACGGGUGAAGGUAAAAUCCAUUGAAAUGAGUUCUCAGCAUCUGCAUGAGAAAAGUUUUGCCCUAAAUGUAAACGGCUACAUGGUCACUACAGAGAAGGGAGAAGCAUCCUUUGGCACUGAGAUACGGGCUUUAGAAGACGUGCUGAGAGUUGGUAGUCCUUCCCGUCCACUCUGGUCUGUAGUGGACCAUGCUCCUGUUCUCUUGUUGCCAGGAAUACCAGACUUGACAGCUGUUCUCAUGACUGCUACUGAGUUCCAGCAUACAUCCCUCAUAGAGGUGAGUCUAAAGAGCUCAUCAGGCUCUUGGGAGUGUCUACAGGCAGAGUCUUCUAUGAUCCAAGAAACUUUAUCUACAGAGAGCUCACUAUUUGUCAUACACAAUCAAGAACUUUACCGUUUCCUAGGAAACUAUUCUCUUCUUCCCCUCAGAGUGCCACCAUCAGAUACAUGGGAAAAGGUAUUAAGUGCAGUCUGCGUGUCUGGUUUGGUACCAGUGAGUAUUCCUCAUCAUGGUAGAGAGUACUUCUAUGUUCUUGGGGGAGGCUUGCAGAGUGGAACCCUGUACCGUGCAGAGGUUUACGGUCAGAUACUGAACUAUGGUGAUGUUACGUUUAUAGAGUUGUUGGAUUCUGUUGGCUUCACCGCUUGCGAGAUUGUGGCAUUUUAUAAAAACCUUAAAAGAAGCACUUUGAAUGACUCCAGUUGCCAGGUGCGCUCAGUGGCCCAGAAUGCCCUGACCGAUGUAACUGAUAUCAUACUAGUAGAGCUGCUUCUCCAUGAAGAUCAAGAGCCUUCUUACAUACUGCUCACUUUUGAUGGUGAUUUCCAGAUGAAUGAGAUUUUACCCGGGUUCAUCCUUUAUAGUCAGAGGCAAUGGCACCAAGAGAGAAGUUCUUUGAACCUGAAAUUCAAUGGAAUGACACUUAACCCCAGCACUGGAAUUCUAUACAUCUGGGGAAACUCACUCAUCUUUUCUUAUAUUCUUACUUGGGAGGAUGAGCAGAGUUUUUGGCACGACUGCGGAUUUCCUAGUGACCAGAUGAUAAAAUAUUUCACUCUUUCUUAUGAUGGAACAUUUGUCUUUGUUACCGAACAGGAGGAGCUGUGGUGGGGUCAAGAAAGAACAGAUUCUGUGUUUCGUUUGCGACCAUCUCAGGGCUGGAAUGAGUUGUCCCAUCUACAAGCUCUUCCUGGUGAUCACAGCACACUCACAGUGUUUUAUGAUGGAGAUAAAGAGUUACAAGAGGUGCUGUACACAGUUGACUUGGAUGGGAAAGGCACUGUUGUGAAGAGGAAAAUCCCAGUGGCCGAGAUUUUGUCAUUUAUUCAUCUGCCAAUCCUGUCCACAUGUCCCUUUGACCUAGAGUACAGUGUCCCUCAUAUAGAGAGCUUUAACCGAUUACAGCGGUACUCAGUCAACCCUCAACUAGUGACGUCUUCCUCUGAAUUACACAGCACACAUUCAUUGGCUCUGUACCAGGGCCUUGUCUACUACCUGUUGCAGUUGCAUGCACAAUACCUCAUGGUCAUUGGAGAUCCUAAAGAGAGCCCCAUCUCACGCAUGGUGGAUUCAUGCAGUGGUGUGCACUAUAAGGACUUUUGUUUGUACCUGUCAUAUAAUAAUGUGUCAGGUGUUACCACAGACAGCAAAGGAAACAUAACGACAAGACUUCCAGAUAGAGUUUACCUGGACAGAACAGCCUCAUUCUCAUUCUCUCUGUUCAUUAGAGCCCAUCAGCUCACUCUAGAGUCUAUCGGAGAGCGUGCAGUAAAUGACAUCAGAAUGUUUGCGACGGUCCCAAAUUCUAAAUAUCUGAGGGUGACUCUCCAGAGAUACGUGCAAUUUAACUAUGGAGGGGUCCUUUAUAAGGUGACGGUGACUGACAAAGGGAUGGUUGAAGGCAAGGUGUAUCCAGGAGAGAAACUUUUGCCUUUCAGCGUGUUGUUCAGGAUUGGCAUUUCACCAAGACAGUGUUUUCAGCAGAUUGACCGUGGGAUGGUUCUCAGUGGUCUGCAGAAUUUGCCUGUCUAUAUUGGUUGCCCUCCUGGUAACCGAUUGGUGUUUGAUGCCAGUACUGCUCUGCUGGAGGCUGUACGGCUCAACAGAAGGAACUUCAGUUGUUUGAAUCCAGACCAAGAUACACCCUGUUUCUACUAUAAAAACUUGUUCUUUCCCUUCCUCCUCAUUCAGGAUCUGGUCCUAGGAGAGUCUAGGAAAUUUCUUGGCAGCUACACUUUGAAGAUAGUUGGUGGUGGUCCUCACUCGAGGAAGAACAUUCAGCUGUACAGCCCUAAAGAGGUUAUGAGGUAUAACAGUCUCAAUUACAGAUCACAGCGAGCACGUAUAUGGGAUAUAAAGGGUUGUAAGGACAACAUAAGCUCUUGCAACUUCAAUGAGGAAGGAUUAUUUAUCUUUAAUGGCACCAAAAACAAUGGAAUCAGGUGGAUUUGCCAGCCUAACUCACCCUGUGCUGAUGUGCUAUCCAAGAACCCUGCAGUAUCACCACGUUUCUUCUUCAUCAUUGAGGUUUCAAAUAGGGAUACGGAGACCUACUGCAAUCACACCUUCCGUUUUGAUAUACUUGUCUAUGACUUCCCCAUGACCUCAAGUAGGAAGUGCUACAUCGUUCUGGUGACUGUGGCAUGCUUUGUUGGUGUGAUGGUAAUUUCUCAUUCUAUUUUUUAGCUGUUUCAUUUUAGUAUGUGAUAGUUAAUUUUUGUUUGUGUUAAAUGUCUGUAUAAAGUUUAACUUGUACGGUUCAGUUUUGUUGUCCAGUGUUCAGACAUGUUUUAUUGUUUCAAGAAGUAGUUGCAAUAAUGCUUCUGUUUGAAAAAAAAAAAAAAGUUACAUUAAAAAUAUACAUAAUCCUCA